AUGGAGACCGAGAACGACAACCAACUGCCGUUUCUAGACGUUCUCAUGCAUCGAAAACCUAGCGGGAACCUCAGAACGACGGUGUAUAAGAAGGCCACCAAUACGCGCCAAAUCUUGAGUUACCAUAGCAAGCACCCAGCACGCCACCAAUGCAGUUGUGUACGAGCGCUGUAUAAACGGGCAGAAACACACUACAAUGAGCUGCAUGACCGGAAAUCUGAAAUGCAGUACCUUCAGCGCCUCUUCAUGGUCAAAAGUUACUCUCUAAACUUCACCGAACGCGGCAAGCAGUCUCCACCGAACCCAAGUCCGGCAACCGACCAACCAAAAUUAUGGCGUGCGCUGACUUACAUUGAUGGCGUUUCCGAGGCAGUCUCCCGUCUACUAAAACCACUGGGGAUUGGCAUCGCCCACCAACAGAAUCAAAAUACGACAUCUGGUCAUGAGACCAAAGGCCCCUCUGCCCCGGGGUGA